GAGUAGAAGAAACAUAGUGCAGGGUAACAGAAACAUAUAGUCCACCACUUAUUACAGUGAACAUUGAUGGAGAGACCAUUCCCCCAUCUCUGAGGCAGUAGGUAGGCAGCAAAGGCACAUGCCUGAUGCCCCUCCACCCCCCCAUCCAUCCCUAUCAUUAUAAAUACACGCACUCUACCCCCUGUUAUCUCUUCCAUUUCAGCGCACACAAACAACUACCUCGAUUCUUCUAAAUAUCUUUUCUCUUUCAUUUACUGCCUAAUUUAAUCUCUUCUCUCUCUCUCUCUCUCUCUCUCGUUUUUUCAACCCAAAUAUUUGAGAGAGAAGAUGGCGGAGGAAGUGCAAAUGCACAGUGGCAGUAGUAGUGGCAGCGACGCCGUUUCUGGACCGAUUCGCAGAGUCCUCCUCAUAUCCGCCGGCGCUAGUCACUCCGUCGCUCUCCUCUCUGGUAGUGUUGUUUGCUCUUGGGGAAGGGGAGAAGAUGGACAGUUGGGCCAUGGAGAUGCCGAAGAUCGAUUUUCUCCUACUCAGUUGAGUGCACUGGAUGGUCACGAAAUAGUAUCUGUUACUAGUGGGGCUGACCAUACAACUGCAUAUUCCGAAUCGCAAUUGCAAGUAUACAGCUGGGGAUGGGGUGAUUUUGGGAGGUUAGGUCAUGGAAACUCUAGUGACUUGUUUACUCCGCAACCAAUAAAAGCCUUACAAGGCCUGCGCAUUAAGCAAAUUGCUUGUGGGGACAGCCAUUGUUUAGCAGUGACUAUGGAAGGCGAGGUUCAAAGUUGGGGAAGGAAUCAAAAUGGUCAACUAGGACUUGGGAACACAGAGGAUUCUCUUGUACCCCGGAAGAUUGAAGCUUUCCAGGGAAUAUCAGUGAAAAUGGUUGCUGCUGGUGCUGAGCAUACGGCAGCUGUAACAGAAGAUGGUGAGCUUUAUGGUUGGGGCUGGGGUAGAUACGGUAAUUUGGGUUUAGGCGACAGAGAUGACCGCUUAGUCCCAGGGAAAGUUUCAACCAUUCAGGGAGAAAAGAUGGUCCUGGUUGCAUGUGGAUGGCGACAUACAAUAUCCGUCUCCUCUUCUGGUAGUAUUUAUACUUAUGGGUGGAGCAAAUAUGGCCAACUUGGACAUGGGGAUUUUGAGGACCACCUAAUUCCUCAGAAGCUUGAAGCUUUGCGUGAACAUCGUAUAUCUCAAAUUUCUGGUGGUUGGAGACAUACAAUGGCAGUGACAGCUGAUGGAAAACUUUAUGGCUGGGGCUGGAAUAAGUUCGGACAAGUUGGUGUUGGCAACAAUGUUGAUCAUUGCUCACCUGUGCAAGUCAAAUUUCCACUUGACCAGAAAGUAGUGAAUAUAUCGUGUGGUUGGAGGCAUACGCUUGCUGUCACCGAAAGGCAAAAUGUCUUUUCAUGGGGAAGAGGUACAAAUGGUCAACUCGGCCAUGGUGACUCUGUUGACCGAAACAUUCCGAAGAUUAUAGAGGCAUUAAGUAUGGAUGGAUCAAGCGGGCAGCACAUAGAGGCAUCCAAAGUCGACGUAUCAUCAGAAAAAGCUUGGGUUUCCCCCACUGAGAGAUAUGCAGUUGUCCCGAAUGAGAAUUCGGCCGAGCCGUUUGGCCACAAUGGGAAUGACGUUAACGUCCCUGAGACCGAUGUAAAGAGAAUAAAGAUAUAAGGUACAAUGUCUCUUGAAGAAAACUAUCACUGAUUGUGCAUCCUGGCGCGGUUGAAGGAUACAAUGUGUUCAUGCUGAUCAUCAGUCGUACAUAAGUUGAACUGUCUGGAGGUAGAUUCUAUCCUGAACGUGUACCGAUUAGUUGAGGUAAAGAACUUGUCAAGUUGGAGUGAGAUCUUUCUAGGCGCUGGAGGGGAAACAAACAUCAUGUUAUGAACAGUUCUAUGUAUUCAUCCUGUUUAAUGUCAGAUUCUAUCUUGCUCAUGCUG